CGUGGAGGCCGGUGCGCUCGGGCUGGGAUUCCUCGGACCGCUGCUCCGGGAGCGCGAGACCAUGGGCGCUCUGCUGAGCGGCGGUGAGGGCGCCGCGGAGCCGGCCCCGGCCCAGCCCCAGCCCCAGCCCGUGGCGCCCGAGGGCCCUGAGCAGCCCGGCCCCGAGCCCGGCCCCUGGGGGCCGCUGGACGACGUGCGCUUCCUCAUCGCCUGCACCUCCUGGUACUGACUCUCCGCCCUCCGAGUCACCGCUCACCGCCUGUCCUGUUCACCUCGCCUGGUCCGGCCGUUGUCGUCUGCCCCCACGGCCCAGUGUCUCUUUUAACCUACCUUGCGCCUCCCCCUUCCUGUCCUCGGAGUCGAGGAGGUCUGGGGGACUGGAAGGAAGUCCCAGCAGAGCUGCCGCCGCCGCAGCAGCAGCGCCGUGAGUCACCGUCUCGCCUCUGUCCUCUCCUGCCACCCCUAACUUGUUUACUUCCCACGCUGCACUCAAACCACUUCAGACCUCCGUGCUCACCCCCACCACACAGCUCCAGCAGUCUGGGUCCUGGUUCAGCCCUCCCUGUCACUGACUUACAGGACCAGACUAGGGCUCUUGAUAAGACCCUAAGGCUGCUGACCUCACCUCAUCUGUCCCUUAUUGCUGAGAACUGGGCUCUUGCUUUUGUUCCUGGUCAUUGCACUAUGUGCCUUGACUUCAGAGAAGACCUUGGGGCAGCGACCCUUCCUGUACUAGGGGAGGUUUCUCCUCAAGCCUGGAUCCCAGUGAGGCAUUAUCAGGCUGUAUUCCUGGGAACCCAGUAACACGGCCUAUCCAAGUCAGCCUUUUGGAGAGAGGGGACACCUGAUUGCUGGGCUGGCAGAUGAAGUGAAUGGGGCAGUCCCUGGACACCCUGAAGUACCCUGUUUCUCUUCUCCCAGAAGCUUCUUAGGCCACUCUCAGAACCCGAUUCUCUUUCCCACAUCCAAGGGAAAUGACACACUCUGUAUUUUUGUUUUAUUUAUAAAUGAUUUAAAAAACAUUAUACAAAGGCUGAUCAGUUUAAAAUGUGACUGACACUGAAAUGCUGUGAUGUUCCCCAGGCCGAGGAGAAGCUGGGCUCUGGGGCCCCCAGUGCUUUGCCCCUUGGUCUGCUCUGUCCUGGGGUGAUGGACAAACAGAUGACCACAAGGCAGGAGAAUCCGAGAUUGGAAGCCUCCAGGCUGAGCCCUCUUUGGGUCUAGCCUUGCAUCCCUCACGUCUGUAGCCUGGGCUGCCUGCCUCCAUCUCCUGCUCUUUUUCAGCUGACCUUGGUAGUACCAGGAGCCAACCGGGAGCCUGGGGGGCCUAGAGCUUUCAAGAAGUGAGAGCACCAACCUGAGGAGUGGAGAGGGACCAGGAAGGAGUGAAGGAAGGCCAGGAAAAGAUGGAUAAAAGAGACACUUCUGAUCUCAUCUUGGACCCUAGAGGGGUCCACAGUGGAUGGCCUGGGCAAGUAACCACCUCUCUGUGCUUCAUUUGAGGGCAUGAUGAGAAUAACUCUCGGCCUCCCAGGGCCUAUACUAGUUUCAUGUGAGUGGACGGGUAUGAGCUAAUAAAGUGCUUUGCAAAGUAUAAAACACUGUACAAACCUAUGAAUCACUAAUAUCUCCACAGUUGUUCCCCACCCGCCCCAGGGAGCCCGCCCUUGGCCAAAAUGAGGAAAAACAGAAAGAUAAUGACAGGGAACACAGUGGACCCAAAAAGGUGCCUCUGGGACAAGAGAUUUUGCUUGAGACAGCUCCUAGGGCAGCAGAAGUCCCUGUCUCCUAAAGGUUAGGCUGACCCAAAGACCAGAAGCCACAGGGUGGGGGCAAGGUCCAUGUAGGCUCAGAAAGCCAGGGUGGCAUCUGAGGCCGGCCAGCACCCUGAAGACUGAUACCACCUCUUGGGUUUGGCAGAGAGCCAGCGGGUAUCACUGAACCCAUUGGUCUGGCCUAGGACUCGUCAGUGACAAGCAGGGCUGCCUCCACUGGGUUGGAGCGAGGCAAGCUG